AUGCCUCCCCCUCCUCCGGCCCUCGCCAACAAGGCGGAGUCUGCGGCGAGCAAUGCCAAGGGGAAGCGCAGGGAAUCCAUUCCUCUCUCGGUCAUCGAGGGCCAAGCCUACCUCUAUUCGCCUCAACACAUAGCGAUUGUCCGAGCAGAACAUCACCUAACGCCGACCCUGGGUGGAACGUUGCCUAUUCUCGGCCAGCAAAAUGUCUUUUUGGGGCCACCUGCUACGCUUCAGCCUGAGGAGGUGGCUCUGCUGCUCAGAAGAGGUGAGCUUUUGGAGUUGCGCUCUCGUCGUUUCCAUCGCGGCUGAUGCAGGCGCCUCUCCUGAAUGACUCGGAGCAGGUGCCGCUCACAUCGUGGAUGAUCCAUCCGCAUACGACGCUCCUAGCACUUCAGCAGCAGCAGCCUAUCACCAAGCAGCUCGCGAAAUGAUCUUGGAGCAGGUCUCGCGGUCCAACAAGGCGCGUGAGCAGAUCAGUCAGCACAAGCUGGCGGAAAUGAAGGAGACCGAAGAGGUCAGGGCAAAGCGUUUGGCUCGAGCACGGGCACGGCGAGGACAGAGCUACGAGGCGGACAAGUCGAUUGCUACUGUCGCUGACGUCGCAGCACCAGAGACAAAUGCUCGCACAUCCAUCGACCUAAGCUCCGCGACGUGGAGCCAAGUGACGCCUGCCACCAGUUUUGAACAGCCCGUGGCAUCGUUGGAAGACGGCUGGUAUCGGGCAUCAGAACAUUCCUACACCACGCUUUCGCAAGCCCGAGAAGCAGGCGUGUGGAAGUUUCCUUCAAACGCGCGCGAAAGGGCUAGAUGCAUGGUUUUCGAAGAUCUGAAUGCUCGGGGUUACUUCUUGUCGUGCGGACUAAGGUUUGGGGGGGACUUCAAUUGUUAUCCUGGUGAGGCUGGGUGCGCAGCAUCUUCUCCUUCCCGACAGCCAACUGACCUUUUCUCUUCAUGGAUGCACUGCAGGUGAUCCGUUGAGGUAUCACUCGCAUUUUACAGCCACUGUACUCUCAUCUAGGAAGGAGACGGUCACUGCACACGAGCUCAUAGCCUCUGGACGCCUAGGCACAGCAGUCAAGAAGGCGCACCUUAUUUGCGCAACGGCUGGCGCUGAAGCGGAGCUUGCGGACAGAGCAGACGGCUUCGCAGAUGCGGAGAGAAGUGCAGGUCACACCGCCGCCACUUGCACGUCAACAUCUGUCGAAUACUUUAGCCUGACAUGGGCAGGCUUCGGCACUUGA